CAGAGAGGUAACUCUCAUAGCAAAUAAUAUUUCAUAUAAAGAGUUAACAAAACAAAAAAAUAAUUAUUGACAGCUAUAAGGUUUCAUAAAUAAUACAAGAUAAUAAGUUAAUUUUGGUACACAGUAAUUUUGUUAUACAAAUUAAAAAAUCAACAUCAGAAUCAGCUAAAAACAGAAAUAGCUAACUAUUGUUUAUAUAUUAGUAAAUACAAACUUUAAACUUAUAAAAUCCACCUUCAAGAAUGGAUACAUUUAAAAAUGCUCUAGAAACAGUUCAGCUAAUACCAAUUUUUAAUUAUAUAAAUAUCCUAAGUGAUUUUUUAUUUAUUGAAGAAUAUCUUUCCGAAAUAGACCAAAGUAAACAAAUUCCAAUAGUCAAUGCACUUUACAAAUAUUUGGAAGAUCAUGAGAAUAGUAAAAUCAAAAUGGAUCAAUUAAUUAGAAAUUUGUUAAAAGGAAGCGACCUUUAUGGAGAAAAAGACAACGAAAACUUUGAUAUCACAUUUGUUAAUGCGAUGUUCGACUACAUUAUUAGUUCCCUAGUAUUUGAAAAAUAUGGUAAUAUUUAUGCCUUCUUGGCUGAUAUUUUUUUGAAAGCAGAAAAUUUACAAAUAGAAACUGUAUUGAAUGCGAUCAAAGUAAAUUUUUACAAUGCGUCUUUUGAAAACGAAUAUGGUGAAACCUCGACGUUAAGUCCUUUAUCAGUAGACAGAAUAUUCAAAGACAUAAUAUUAUCUCUAUUUCCUCGACCAAAAGCCAAUAUUAGUUUAUUGUCUCUUGAUUAUGUUUAUGCACAAGCUGGUUCAAUGUUUCUCCGAGCUGGAAGAAUAAAUUCUAUAUAUUACAAUGAUUUUGAAAGCCAUGUUGAAAUUUUGACUGAAGAAAAUUUAUUUGACCAAUACUUAAUAACCGGUCAUGUAAUCGAAACAUUAAUAGAAACCGACAAGAAGAAUUUUAAUCUCAUAAAAGCGUUUGCUCUACCAGCUCUUUCGUAUUAUAUUUUUAAAUCAAAAUAUUUAUUUGCCUAUGAAAGCAUGGCAAAUUUAAUAUCCGAUUUAAAUUUUUGGAAGACUGCUUAUAAUCAAUUAUUUCAAUAUACAACUAAUGCAUUUAAUGACAUGAAAGAUAAGUUAAAGAGUGGUUACAUACUUAAUAUGCAUAUGGCACUUUCUAGUUUUCAAAGUAGUGCCGCAUUGGCCAAAACUUUCAUAGACCAACAUUGUACACAUUUAACUUUAAAUGAAAAAGAAUCUAUACUUCCCGUUUACUUAUUUCAUCCUACAACCUUCCAAUGCAAAGAUGGCAAUCCUCUACCUAAUAUAAAAGAAUACACUAAAAAUCAAAUUAAUAACAUCACCGAAUUAUAUGAAACGUAUGAUUUUCAAUUAGUUCAAGACGCCUUUCCACCAUCUCUAAUAGAGCAAAUUAACAAUAUUAAAGUCGUUAUAAAUUUACUAAUUCCUAGCAAUACAGUAGAACAAGGUGAUUUUUCAGAAUUAAUACAUUUACCAUAUGAUAUAUUGGAAUUUUAUUUUCCAAAUAAUAAAAGUUUUAAUUACUAUCUUUUAAGAAGAGAAGAUUACAGCGUGACAUUAACCAAUGAAGCUGAUAAUCCUGAACGUUUGCCACGAGAAAGUAGAUUCCAUUUUCAGAAAUUAUACAGUGUUGUUACAUAUACAACUAUGAAAACAGCUCAGGAAAAUCUUAGAGAAUUUUUUCAAAAUUUAAUAAAAUAUAAAAAAUCACGAUUAGAAUCAUACUUAAAUUUUUUGGACAAUUACCGAGGAAUCGAUAAACCAUUGAAAAGUGAUUGGUGGAAAGAAUUUGGUUUAUCUUUAGUACCAUAUUAUCCUUGUUUGUCAGACACAUCCAAGAAAAGUUGUUCACAAUUUUAUAUAAAUUAUGUAGAUGAUGAUGAACAUUCAUUAGGUCCACUUUUCAGAGCAGUAUUUUUUCAAAUUGCAACUAGUAAAGUAAUAGAUGAAAUUGUACCAAAAAGAUAUAAAUACAACAUUUCAAUAUUAAACGCAUUAAGGAAGUUCUCUCCCUCCAACGUCAGUCAAAUCAAUGCCCAUUUAAGUUUUCAUUUGUAUCACGUAGUACAAGCUCAACGCUUGGCAACGUUGGAUUAUACUUCCCCCGUUCCGUUUCGUGUCGUCUGCUAUUGUUUGAUUUAUUUUCGUUAAA